GUGCCCUGGGGAGGGAGGGGGAAGGAGUUCUGACUCAGCAUAGGUUGUCCUGGGAAGGGUGGGGGUGAGGCUGCAGAAGAGCAAACCUCCCCUGGGAGGGAUUUGUUCUGGGGUUAGAGUCUGGAGACAAGCCUGUUUCUUUGCAGAAGACACUCAGCCACUGCUCCCUCUGUCUCUUCACCAGAAAGCCGUCCUUGUAACCCUGUGUCACCAUGGUGUCCCCUCCCUGCGGCCUGCUAACCCACCAAAAGGAGCCAGUGCCACUGAAGAGCAUCUCGGUGACCUUGACCAUUCGAGAGUUUGUGGCCGGUGUGUCUGCUACCUUGAACUAUGAGAAUGAGGGCAAAGAUCCGUUGGAGGCCUUCUUUGUUUUCCCCAUGGACGAAGACUCAGCUGUCCACAGCUUCGAGGCCAUGGUGGAUGGGAAGAAAAUUGUGGCGGAAUUGCAGGAGAAGUCAGAGGCCCGCACCAAUUACGAGAAUGCCAUCAGCCAGGGCCACCAAGCCUUCUUGUUGGAGGAGGACGAUCAGGCUGGCGACAUCUUCUCUUGUAACGUGGGGAACCUGCCCCCCGGGUCGAAGGCGGCACUCACCCUGAAGUACGUGCAGGAGCUGCCUCUGGAGGCAGACGGGGCCCUGCGCUAUGUGCUCCCCGCUAUCCUGAACCCUCGCUACCAACUCUCCAGAGGGUCUGAGGGCGGUGGCCUUCAAAUGAAGACUCCUGCAGUCCCUUCGAAGGACGUGCCCUACACACUCAGCCUGGCUGCCACCGUCAGCUCCCAGCAUGCCAUCAAGAGUGUCCAGUGCAGCUCCCCCGUGAAUCCUAUUGAGUACCUUGACGAUAAGACUUCUGCUCAGAUCUCCUUGGCUGACGGACACAAAUUUGAUCGAGAUGUGGAGCUCCUGGUUUACUACAGUGAGGUGCAUACCCCCAGCGUGGCUGUGGAGAUGGGGGCGCCCGCAACAGAGCCCGAUUCUUUGAUGGGAGAUCCAUCUGCAAUGGUGAGUUUCUACCCGAAUAUCCCAGAGGCUCAGUCACCAACUGCAUGUGGAGAAUUCGUCUUCCUCAUGGACCGUUCAGAAAGUAUGCAUUGUCAUAUGAAUAAUCAGGAUCCAUCUCAGAUGCGCAUAGAGGCGGCCAAGGAAACACUGAUUUGGCUGCUGAAGAGUUUGCCUAUAGGCUGUUAUUUCAACAUCUUUGGAUUUGGAACGUUCUUUGAGUCCUUCUUUCCGGAGAGCGUGAAGUACACUCAGGAUACCAUGGAGCAGGCGCUGAAGAGAGUUAAGAGUAUGGACGCUGACCUCGGGGGCACAGAAAUCUUGGCACCACUCAAGGCCAUUUACAGUAGAACUUCCAUCCCAGGCCACCCUCUCCAGCUUUUUGUCUUCACAGAUGGAGAAGUGACCGACACAUUCAGUGUCAUUAGAGAAGUGAAAAGCAAUGGGCAUAGGCACAGGUGUUUCUCAUUUGGUAUUGGCGAAGGAGCCUCCACCAGCCUCAUAAAAGGCAUUGCCCGGGCAUCAGGGGGCGCAGCAGAAUUUAUCACAGGCAAUGAGAGGAUGCAGUCAAAGAAGGACAGCUGUAGUAUGUCUGUAGGUGGAAGAGGCGGUAAACUGCUACUCCGUUUGAUGAGUCAGCACAGGAAGGCAUCCUCCACCUCUGGCUAUAGUGCUGUGUUCCUCUUCCCCAGUUGGUACCAUUUCUUAUCGAAUGCCUACUUCUCUGUUACUUUAUACACAUUUAUUACGUGUCUCUGCCUUAGCUUCCUCGUGUGUAAAGCAAAAGAACACCCAUCUCCUAGUGGAGUACGAGGGAGUAGGUCUACCAUGCGUUGGGCUGCAUAGCUCCUGGGGCAUGAUGAACACUCAGGUAGGAGUAGGUAUGGUUGCCAUUAUGUAC